AAAGAGAGGAAAAAAGAAGAGAUGAGAGUAAGGGGUGACAGAAUGGAGAGGUAUAAAAGCCUGGCUGCAAGGAAUAGACGGACUUCUCAGACAGACGGGAGACGUGCAAGAAACGCUAAUCAGCAAGAGCCAAUACACUUCAACUUUACUCAGAAAGUCUACAGGAAGGAUGAAGGUUCCUCUGCAGUGCGUCGUGCUGAGUGGCAUUCUCGUCCUCUGUCUCUGCUAUGAUUCACAGGAAAGUCGCGAGUCUUUUGAAGACCUGUUUUUGAGUCCAUACCGAGCCAAUUCCUUCUUCAACCGUCCAAGACAUCCCACCUACAACAACUACAACUACAGAAGGUUGAUUAAGUCCCCUUGGGAACGACAGUCAGAGAUCUGUGAGGAUUUCUCUCCGUGCCGCUUCUAUGCCCAUCGCUAUGGAUACCAGCAAGCCUAUCAAAAAUAUUUUGGCGCAAGAAAUAUCAGAAUGGUUGGAGUCUGAUUUGAAGAGGAAGAGAAGGGACAGAGAAAUCUGUUAAUUAGCCACCAUGUCAUAUGGCUGUUUCCUAUUGUGCUUCUUUUCUUAUCACUGGGUUGUAUAUAUUUCAUUUUGUUGAUUGAUUUGGCAAUUCAAGAAAGUCUCUCACACCCCAAGAAAUACCUACUUAUCCCAACUUUUCAUAUGCACUUAGUUAUCAAAAUGGGGCUUCUGUCAAAAUGCUAGGUUCAGACAUUGGAAUUUAUCAAACCUGCUAAAUUCAUAUUAUUUAUUUUGUUAUAUGUAUUUCGGUGUGAACCAGUUUGGUAGCCACAUAAAUCCCAAACUGUUUAUUUUCUUGUACAAUGUGGUUUUAAAUCACCCUCAAUCUAAUCAAUUUUUUAUACUUCAUGUACUUUUUUGUUUUUGGUUUUCAUGGAAAAGGCCUUUGAAGAAAAACACAAUGGAUGAUUCUAGUGAGUUCGAUUUCAUCACAUUUUGUCAACAUCUGACCCUACCAACUUCACAAGCUCUUCCGUUUCAAUGAAAGCAUGAAACUAUUUUUCAAAAUGAAAAAGAUACUACGCAAUUAUAUUUUUAUGUUAAGCAGUCUAGUAUGCUUCAACAGUACUUUGCACAUUAGGCCACUGUGUUCUUCCCCACUGCAGGGUGAAUAUUACUACACCUGAAUAUGCUGUAAACUGUCUACUUUAUUCUGCACUGUACAAUGAUUCAGAAUGAUUCAGAAUGUAAAGCAGUGGUUUCUAACCAUUUCAUAUGAAGGUCAGGCAACGUCUGCGGUUGCACAUAAUGGCUAUAAAGAGAUUGUGUGGAAUGACCAGUAAAUUCAAUAAACGUGAGCACAAAUUUA